GCACCGACCGAGAUCAUUCUUGAACUCUGAAUGAUUCGGCAUUGAUCACAAAUACGCACAAUAUCAACAUGAGGCGAUCCGUCCUACGAGCCAACCCGGCGGCGCAAUGCCUCCGUCGGCCGUCCGUUCGGACUGAGCAUGCAUUGUCAUCACCUUUGUAUCGUCGUCAUUUGACUUCUACACGACAAUUGCAAGAAGAACCGAGACCGUCAUUCAAGGGUCAAUUGUAUGAGAGCACGCAGCAGCGUUUGAAAAGAGAGCGCGCGGAGCAAGAACGAUUCUUGCAGUAUCAGACUCAAUCUCCCGGUUCCAGAUAUGCGGCGUUAAUGUUUGUGCUGGUAUUCUUCACAACUGGCGGAUACUACCUUGGAUCCCUCAAACCUGCUGCCCCCUCAACAUCGUCCACGAUCCCGCUCUCCGAAACGCGACCCGUUAAACACAACACCACCACAGCAAAUCUACAAGCUGCGUGGGCCGACUUUGUCAACAUUGUCGGCAAAGAGAAUGUAUCCACCGAAGAAUUUGAUCGCAUGUCUCAUUCGGGCUCCGAGUUCUCUACUUAUUCACCAAAGGACAACGAGAAGCCGUUCAUUGUUGUCUAUCCGUCCACAACAGAGGAAGUAUCGCGGAUUAUGAAAAUAUGUCAUGAAAGAGUGAUCCCCGUGACAGCAUACUCAGGCGGUACAAGCCUGGAAGGACAUUACGCCCCAACUCGAGGUGGAGUGUGCAUUGACUUUGAACGCAUGAAUAAAAUCCUGGCUUUCCACAAAGAAGAUCUUGAUGUUGUCGUGCAGCCUGCCGUGGGCUGGGAAGACUUGAACGAGGAAAUUGCCAAAGAGGGGCUUUUCUUCCCUCCGGACCCCGGUCCAGGAGCUAUGAUUGGAGGUAUGGUUGGAACUGGCUGUUCCGGCACGAAUGCGUACCGAUACGGAACCAUGAGAGAAUGGGUUGCAUCCCUCACAGUAGUCCUCGCGGACGGAACGGUGAUUAAAACACGACAGCGACCCAAGAAAUCCAGUGCUGGAUAUGACUUGACCAAACUCUUUAUUGGAAGCGAAGGUACCCUCGGUCUCGUGACAGAAGCAACAUUGAAGUUGACCGUGAAGCCCAAGAGUGAAAGUGUGGCUGUGGCCAGUUUCCCAUCCGUUCAGCACGCUGCCGAUUGCGCCCGAAGAGUGGUCGAGGAAGGUAUCCAGGUCGCCGGUCUCGAGAUCUUGGAUGAUGUGCAGAUGAAAUGCAUCAAUGCCAGCAAAUCUACCAGACGUGAAUGGACCGAGGCACCAACCUUAUUCUUCAAGUUCACCGGUACUCCGUCGGGAGUAAAGGAGCAGAUCAAUAUAGUCCAAAAGCUAUCUAAGAGCACUGGAAGUAAGACGUUCGAAUUUGCUCGCGACGAUACAGAAAUGAAAGAGCUUUGGAGCGCCCGCAAAGCUGCUCUUUGGAGUGUGGUAGCCAUGAAACGCGAUCCAGGUGACCACGUCUGGACCACAGAUGUUGCGGUACCAAUCAGCAGAUUGCCAGAUAUCAUGGACAAGACAAAGAAAGAUUUGACGGAGAGUGGUCUACUGGCUGGUAUUUGCGGUCAUGUCGGAGAUGGCAACUUCCAUGCCAUUAUUCUAUUCAACGACAAGCAGAAAGACCUUGCCGAGGAAGUCGUGCAUCGCAUGGUCGUAAACGCUGUAGAGAUGGAAGGCACCGUUACCGGCGAACACGGAGUCGGACUCAUCAAGAGAGAUUAUCUACCUCAUGAGCUUGGCGAGACUGCGGUAGAUGCCAUGCGCAAGUUGAAAUUUGCUCUUGAUCCGUUAUGUCUGCUCAACUGCGAUAAGAUUGUUAGGGUUGAGCCGGCGGCUGCAGGGGAGAUUAAGGAUUGGUAAAUUUACAUAAAUAGAAAAAAUUCAUACAAAUGACUGUGUCAUAUCAUUGGUCUCAAUCUUUACAGUCUGCAGUGACUGGUUGUAUCCAUUGGCAUAUCUCAAGCAUAUAGAAGCAAUGAAAAUUGAAUUGCAAGACACU